AACGGAAGAGGGCGCAUACUUACAAUUUGCUUCGAGCUUUUGGAGCAAAAACAGUGCAGCGUUGCUCCAGUGCUCGCUAUCACGUGGGGCCUGCUGAGAGCAACAUAUCGGCGGCUGCUCGUAUUUCGGCUUGCUUUCGUGCGAUCUUUCUUUUUUCUCCGGCGAUUCUCUUAAUGUGAACGCGCAAACACGCUGUUACCCCGCUGCGUCGGGACUCAAAUGAAAGACCAUGGCAGCGGAGGACGUGGAAGAAGGGUCUUCUCCACCGACGCUGGAGGCGGACUGCGUGUACGUGCAGAUGAAGAAGCAGUACCGCGUGUCCAGGUACAUCAGGGCGCAUUGGUUCGUCAACCAGAUCGGCAAAAUCAUCCAACUUAAGCGUCCCAGCGAGAGUGAUCUUGUAGAGGAGGUCGAGGUUCUGUCGGCCCUUCCGAGGGACAAGCCAACUGGAUGGCGGCCCGACAGGUCACACGAGUUUGCAUAUUUGGUGACACCGGCUACCAAGGUCACUUUUCUUGCCAAGAAGUACCGCUUUGUCUUCUGCCUCGACCUCAGUGUCUCCAUCGCAAAUGUGGACAUCCGGAGUGAGACGUUCCUGUUUGAUGAGGUGUUCUCAACGCUUUCGAAAUGUGUUGAGAAGCUUGUGAAACCUUUCAAUGUUCCGGGGAGCUGCGUGGUGUUCCAGCCUGAUAUCUACGUCACUGUCAUUGCGUACAUCCCUCACUACACCCCAUCGGUGCAGCAGGUGCUCAUUCAGGGAUGGCCGUUGACGCCCGACAACUGCGCCCUGUUCUUGAGCAAGGUGUCAGCCGGACUGAGCGAGAUCUGCAUCGUCCUGGCUGAGGCGACGGCGGGCGUCGCUGAACUCCACGACCAGCUAAGACUUCAGUCCGAGAAGCUGACGGGUGGCCUGUUUGAAGAAUGCGACGAGCAGGCAUGCACCACACCCCUUGUCAACAUGGUGUCCUCGGAUGUGAGCACACUGAGCAUGCUCCGGUACGGCAUGCUGGCCUUGCAGCUACUGCCCGAAAACAGCAGUGCAGGCAUUGUGGUGAUCACAGAUGGCGUGAUCAGCGUGCCCAAUAGCCAGCAGCUGGAGCUGCUUCUCGGAAGCCUCCGGGGUGGCACGGUGGCCUGCUCCUUCUUGCAUCUUGGGGGUGGCUACCAUGCCCAGAGCAGCCUCGGAUAUGUGCCUUAUGACGAUCUGAUGCGCUUCAUUGCGCGAGCCACCUUCGGUGCCUACCUCAACAGCAGCAGCCUAGUCGGACCGGAUGAAGUCGAAGGGUCGACGGGCACGGAGAACAUCUUCCACAGGGCACUGCUCUUCUGGAGUUUUCAGGAGGAAUUCAUCAAUCAGCGACUAGCGAUGGGCCAAAGAUUAUGUGAAUGCAGUGACAUAGCUGCUGGCUUCCAACUGCCCUCCUUUUGGGGCAACACUGCGUUUGAGCUGAACCCAGGUAGCGCGCCGCAGCUGCGCAAGAAAAGCUCUGAUGGCAGCCUCAACACGUCGCUGUCGAGCGUCCUCUCCUGCAAGCUCCGUGAAGGCUACGCCCUGCGAAGCAUCUCCACCGCCAAAGGUCAGUUGGCUCUGCGGCAGCUGCAUUUGCCCUAUGCCUGA